UCGGAGGCCAUCCCACGUGUACUGUGUUGACUGUCAAGGUCUCCCGGAGCCCAAUUCCCGGAAUCUGUGAGUUCUGAGAGAAGUUCCUGCGCUCGGUGCCCUGAGUCUGCGAAUCCCCACCAUGAGCACCCCAGGCGUGCUGUCCUUCACCCAGCAAGCCUGGGAGCAGGUUCUGGCCAAAGUGAAACGGGCCGUGGUCUACCUGGACGCCGCCUGCGCCGAGAGCCUGCACUGGGGCUGCGGGUCCUCACGGCUGCUGGAGGCGGUGGGGAACUCUGCGUGUUACCUGCGGGAGUUCGAGCCCGCCGCAGUUGGUGGCGGAGCCGAGCAGCCCAAAGCGGUGUUUGUGUUGAGUUGCCUGCUGAAAGGCCGGACCGUGGAGACCCUACGGGACAUCAUCUGCCGCAGUCACUUCCAGUAUUGUGUGGUGGUCACGGCUGUGAAUCACGCAGUCCACCUCACGGCUAAUCACGUGCCGCCGGCGGCGGCGGCUGAGCUGGAAGGGCAGCAGCCAGUGUUCGAGCAACUGGAGGAGAAGCUGUGUGAGUGGAUGGGCAACAUGAACUACACGGCUGAGGUGCUGCACGUCCCGUUGUUACUCGCAUCUGCUGCUCCCCACCUUGCCUUGACUCCAGCUUUUGCUUCCCUUUUCCCACUAUUACCCCAGGAUGUGCAUAUCCUCAACCGUGCCCGACCGGACAAGAGGAGGCUGGGAAACCUGGCUGAGGUGGAUGCCACUACCCUAACCCCUGAGCUGCUGCUGACGAUUAGGUGCCUGGUGUCCGGCCUCAGUUCCCUGUGUGAGCAUUUAGGGGUACGGGAGGAGUGUUUUGCUGUAGGUUCCCUCAGUCGGAUCAUCGCUGCAGAUCUGGCCAAUUUUGCUCCCGCCAAGAACAGGAGGAAGACCGCCACAGGCAGGGCAUCAGUGGUCUUUGUGGACAGAACUCUGGAUCUCACAGGGGCGGUUGGACAUCAUGGAGACAACUUGGUGGAGAAGAUCCUUUCAGUGCUUCCCCAGCUUCCGGGCCACACCAAUGAUGUGAUGGUUAACAUGGUGGAACUCACUGCACUCCAGGCCGAGGAGGAGAAUCAGAAUACGGUUGCACCCGGCUGUCUCGCACAAUCCAAUGACCCGGCAGCCAGAGCCCUGUGGGAAGCCUUAUUGAACACCAAGCACAAAGAGGCAGUGAUGGAAGUCCGGAGACAUCUAGUGGAAGCAGCAAGCAGAGAAAACCUGCCAAUCAAGAUGAGUAUGGGGAGAGUCACUCCGGGACAGCUCACGUCCUAUAUUCAUCUCUUCAAGAACAACCUCAAAGCUCUAGGGAAUCACUGUGGGCUCCUACAGCUUGGGCUGGCCACUGUUCAAACUCUGAAACACCCGCAGACUGCCAAGUGGGACAACUUUCUGGCUUUUGAAAGGCUCCUUCUCCAGAGCAUUGGGGAGUCGACAAUGUCUGUUGUGUUAAAUCAGCUGCUUCCCAUGAUUAAGCCUUCAAACCAGAGGACUAAUGAUGACUACAGCCCCGAAGAGCUGCUGGUCCUCCUGAUAUAUAUUUAUUCUGUCAGUGGAGAGUUCUCAGUGGACAAAGACCUGGGUGAAGGUGAAGAAAAAGUGAAGAAAGCGUUGGCUCAAGUCUUUUGUGAGGAGUCUGAAUUGUCACCUUUGCUGCAAAAAAUCACAGGCUGUGACUCUUCAAUUAACCUGACAUUUCACAAGUCCAGAAGUGCCGUGGAUGAACUCUUUACUUCGCUUCGGGAUAUUGCUGGAGCUCGGAAGCUCAUGAAACAGUUUAAGUCUGUAUAUGUUCCUGGAAAUCAUACCCACCAGGCAUCCUAUAAGCCGUUGUUGAAGCAGGUUGUGGAGGAAAUAUUUAAUCCCGAGAGGCCAGAUCCAGUUGACAUUGAACACAUGUCUUCAGGCCUCACUGAUCUUCUUAAAACUGGAUUUAGCAUGUUCAUGAAGGUGAGCCGGCCUCAUCCCAGCGACCACCCUCUCCUGAUCCUCUUCGUGGUGGGCGGGGUCACAGUCUCAGAAGCCAAAAUGAUCAAAGACCUUGUGCCAUCCCUGAAGCCAGGAACCCAGGUAAUCGUGCUGUCCACGCGACUCCUGAAGCCAACUAACAUCCCUGAACUGUUAUUUACAACUGACCGGCUACAUCCAGACCUUGGCUUCUGAGCAUCUGCUGACAAGAGGAGACCUACCCGAGCUGGAAAUCCCAAUACUAUAAUCUGUCCCCAUCCAAGAUAUGCCUCCCAAACCAGCGUCCCUGUUACUAAUCGUGGGUAUGACUGAAUUAUGCCCAAAGGAUCUUUUUUUUUUUUUUAACAUCUUUAUUGGAGUAUAAUUGCUUUACAAUGGUGUGUUAGUUUCUGCUGUAUCACAAAGUGAAUCAGCUGUACGUAUACAUAUAUCCCCAUAUCCCCUCCCUCUUGCGUCUCCCUCCCACCCUCCCUAUCCCACCCCUCUAGGUGGUCACAAAGCACCGAGCUGGUCCCCCUGUGCUAUGCGGCUGCUUCCCACUAGCUAUCUAUUUUACAUUUGGUAGUGUAUAUAUGUCCAUGCCACUCUCUCACUUCGUCCCAGCUUCCCCUUCCCCCUCCCUGUGUCCUCAAGUCCAUUCUCUACGUCUGCAUCUUUAUUUCUGUCCUGCCCCUAGGUUCUUCAGAACCUU